AUGCAUAUAUGCAUGGAUCAAGGGAGCCAAUUGGGGAUGGCUUACUGUCUUCCUAACCUCAGUGUGCCAGAUCACUACUACACCACACCUGUUCCUCUUUCUCCACUUCAACUACCCUUCCAUCCCAAGCCUCUCCAGAUGCCAUUCGACCAGGAAGAAGCCUUGAUGCUCUCUUCUGACCAUUGUGGGCUAUACCCGCUGCCGGCGCUUCCGCUCGGCAGCGGCCACUCCGCCGGCGCGCCUGCCAUCGUCUGCGAGAAGCCCACGGUCGGUUUCAUGCCUAAUAUUGGGGCUGAGGAGGUGGGCACGUCGGUGACGGCAAGAGUUGGCUAUGAGGGUGCCACUGCCUGUAAUGGUUAUUCUAGUAAUACAUGGUGGAGGGGCUCGACGAUGUUGGCGGGGGAGAAGGGGAAGAUGAAGGUGAGGAGGAAGAUGAGGGAGCCGAGGUUUUGCUUCCAGACCAGAAGCGACGUGGAUGUACUUGACGAUGGCUACAAGUGGAGGAAAUACGGGCAGAAGGUUGUCAAGAACAGUCUGCAUCCCAGGAGCUACUUCAGGUGCACGCACAGCAACUGCCGCGUGAAGAAGCGCGUGGAGCGGCUGUCGACGGACUGCCGCAUGGUGAUCACCACGUACGAGGGCCGCCACACGCACCCCCCCUGCGACGACAAUUCCUCCUCCUCCGGCGACACCACCACCACCUGCUUCUGA